CUUUGUCUUUCUAAAUUCCUCAUUGUUAAAGUCGAAAAAGGGUAAAGCAGCAAAACCCUAAUAAAAUCACAGCAAAUUAACACAAAACCAGAUCUUAAGACUCUCUCUACCCACCAAGAGGAUCAACUACUCUCUUCCCCCUUCAGAUUCUCCCUUCCACAGAGAAUGGAUCAACAAGAACAUGGACAGUCUGGAGCUAUCAACUACGGCACAAACCCAUACCAAACCAAUCCCAUGAGCACCACUGCUGCUACUGUACCCGGGGGUGCGGCACAACCAGGCCAGCUGGCGUUCCACCAGAUUCAUCAGCAGCAGCAACAGCAACAGCUGGCACAGCAGCUUCAAGCAUUCUGGGAGAACCAAUUCAAAGAGAUUGAGAAGACUACCGAUUUCAAGAACCACAGCCUUCCGCUUGCGAGAAUCAAGAAAAUCAUGAAAGCAGACGAAGAUGUCCGUAUGAUCUCAGCUGAGGCCCCUGUCGUGUUUGCAAGGGCAUGCGAGAUGUUCAUCUUGGAGCUGACACUCAGGUCGUGGAACCACACUGAGGAGAACAAGAGGCGGACAUUGCAGAAGAACGAUAUUGCCGCUGCUGUGACUAGAACCGAUAUCUUUGAUUUCCUUGUGGAUAUUGUUCCCCGGGAGGAUCUCCGCGAUGAAGUCUUGGGAAGUAUUCCGAGGGGGACUGUCCCGGAAGCUGCUGCUGCUGGUUACCCGUAUGGAUACUUGCCUGCAGGAACUGCUCCAAUAGGGAACCCGGGAAUGGUUAUGGGUAAUCCCGGUGGUGCAUACCCACCGAAUCCGUAUAUGGGUCAACCGAUGUGGCAACAACAGGCACCUGAUCAACCUGACCAGGAUAAUUAGCAAGAAACUCGUUCAAGUCUCGUUCAGGUGGAAUUAAGAAAGGUGGAGACUUUAGACAAGAAAAUGAAAAGAACAUAUCAGAAAUUUCAAAUUGGUUGUUGUAGAAGAAUCUAAGUGUUUAUGUCUAUCGAUCCUUUCUUAAAGGAGAAACUUAGGGAUGAACCAGAAAGAAGAAUGUAUAAACUGUUAGAAACGAG